GCACCUUGAAAGGCCCAUUGGUAUAAAAAUACCCUAUUCGCUCCCCUUCAAUGGCAUACUACAGACUACAGUACAGACAAACAUUUUAUCUUUUGAGGAAUUUCAAGCGAUUCUACUUUGCAGCUCCCAAGAUCCACAGAAUGCCGACACCGACUUACCCUCAACCAGGUCAAAUCCCGCCCCAAACCCAAACCCAUGCCCCUCAACCUGGGCUUCAACACGAAAUGACGCCGCGGCCCAUUGAUACUGGCCUUGAGGGCGACGGAUUGGAAGAAUACAAGGGAAUUGGAAAGUUAAAGGACAAGGUCGCCAUUGUCACCGGUGGGGAUUCAGGCAUUGGGCGUGCGGUUUCCAUCAUGUUUGCGAGGGAGGGUGCGGAUGUUGCUGUUGUUUAUUUACCCAAAGAGCAAAAGGAUGCGGAAGUGACGCGGAGAGCGGUUGAGGAAGCUGGGAGAAAGUGUUUGUUGAUUCCCAAAGACGUUUCUCGCGAGCAAGACUGCGUCUCCCUCGUCCAAACCACUAUCGACACAUUCGGCCACCUCGAUAUCCUCGUCAACAAUGCCGCCGUCCAACAUAUGAAAGAAUCCAUCACGGAACUGAGCACAGACCAACUGGACCAAACCUUUAAAACAAACAUUUAUUCCAUGUUUUGGAUUACGAGGGAGGCGCUUAAGCACAUGCGUACUGGGAGUGCUGUGAUCAAUACUACGAGUGUCACGGCCUAUAAGGGGAGCCCGCAUUUGUUGGACUAUUCUGCUACAAAGGGCGCCAUCGUAUCGUUUACUCGCUCCCUUGCCCUCCAACUCGCUCCAAAGGGCAUCAGAGUCAACGCCGUGGCACCCGGUCCCAUUUGGACACCCCUUCAACCUGCAUCCAGACCGGAAGAUAAUGUUGAAAGCUUUCAAGAAAAAGUUCCGCCUCUGGGGCGAGUGGGUCAACCGGCCGAAGUGGGUCCCUCAUAUGUCUUUUUGGCAUCCAAAGAGGCGAGUUACUAUACUGGACAGGUGCUUCACCCGAAUGGAGGAUAUAUUAUCAACGGGUAGGCUGGGAAGGAGAGUGUGGAUAUACGCUGGGAUGUGCACCAUGGCGCUUUGUAUAAAUAUAUUCUUGCUUUGUA